AUGAUUCCUGCUGUCGGAAAUGAUCCCAGAGCAGUUCCGCGCAAGCGCCGACGGCCCGCCCGGUCUUGUGUCGAAUGCCGCCGCCGCAAAGUCAAAUGCGAUCGAAAUGACCCUUGCAAUCACUGCAUUGCUGCUAAAGGAAAAUGUGUCUACAUAGUCUAUCCUGGUCAAACUGCUUCUGCGCCGCAUGGGGACGCCAUUUCGACCUGGGUCUCAGCACCUCCCACGGGCACCCCUGAGACGGGUGAGGACGGUUCGACUCGCCUUCCUGGUGAUACCAAUAGUUACCUACCAGAGAAAAGCUCCGUACCGACGCAGAAGAGCUGCCCCUCAACCGACAACGAUGGUGAAAAUCUAUCUUCGAAGCAACAUCUAGCCUUUGGACGUGACAAAGAGCCUGAUUUUCACGGCCUAAUUCGCAGGGUACAAGCAUUGGAGCAACGCUUCUCCAGUCAUGCACCAGAUCGACCUCCUGGCUACGACUUGGCAGCUCACUCCGCCUUGCAAGACGGGAGAACAACUCUAAACAAGACCAGAGUAUUUGGUCAGAGUCACUGGAUAAACGCCACUUACGAGUUCAAAACAUUUCAAUCAGUAUUCAGCGACGAAAUUGGAGUCGCCACGAGUACUGAAGCUACGAGACCUUUGAUAAUGGAGAUUCGUAACUUGCUUCAAACAUGCAAAAGCCUGGCCAAAGGCGCCAAAGCAACACGACCCAGCAGGUGUUUCUCAUGUCCCGAAGCUACCAUUGUGCCUCCAUCGCGUGAAGUUGCGGACCUCAUGACCCGGCUAUAUCUCUCAAGAUUCGAAUCGGCAUUUCGAAUCCUCCAUGUACCUACCUUCUGGACUGAGUAUCAACAAUUCUGGAACAAUCCAACCACUGCAGGAGCUGCACUGCGGCUCAAGGUUCAGCUCGUUAUAGCCAUUGGAACCAGCCUACAUCGAGAUGAACGUAACGAAGCCGGGCUUCGGUCUCUAGCAGCUCAAUGGGUGUAUGCCGCACAAAGUUGGCUGGCAGGACCCCUGGAAAAGGACCGGUUGACCAUCGGCGGACUGCAGGUGCACUGUUUGUUGAUUCUUGCUCGUCAGAUCUUAUCCGUUGGUGGUGAUCUGAUCUGGGUCUCCAUGGGUACUCUUGUCCGGACAGCUAUUCAAAUGGGUCUACAUCGUGAUCCCAAACACUUUCAACGAAUGACGGUCCUCCAGUCUGAGAUCAGGAGAAGGCUCUGGGCUACCAUCCUAGAGAUGUCAAUCCAGUCAUCUUUGGAUUCGGGAAUGCCACCGAUGAUUUCAUUUGACGAUUUCGAUACCAAACCGCCUUCGAAUAACGAUGAUGGGGAGAUGGAUGAGAACACUCAAGGACUCCCACAACAUCCAGAGACAACAAGUACGGAAGUUUCUGCACAGCUCAUUCUCCUUAGGACCUUACGUGUGAGGCUCGAAAUCGUCCGAUGCCUGAAUGGCUUACGUUCGGGGAUGUCUUAUGACAGAGUCCUUGCUAUUGGCUCAGAGAUCAGCGAUUCUUGCCGUGAAUGCAACAUUCUUAUUCAGGAAAGGGACAACUCCAGAGCAUCACGAUUCUCUCGCCGUCUGACAGACUGCCUUCUUCGUCGUUUCCUAAUCCCGCUACAUCGUCCGUUUGCCAGUCUGGCGCGCAAGAAUCCUCUAUUUUAUUUCUCCCGGAAGAUUAGCUUAGACUCGGCCAUGUCAAUCUUCCCUCCAGAUCCAAAUGAAGACUUUUCUCGCCUGAUGACGGUAGCCGGAGGUCUCUUCAGAGCAUGCGUGAUUCACGCCGCUUUCGCAAUAUGCCUCGAGCUCAUUACUGCAACUGAUGAAGAACAAGCCCUUCAGGGACGUUCGAGUUACAGAGAAUUGUUGGUAGGUGCUUUGAAGGACAUGAUUUCAUUAUCUGGCAAGCGCAUUCAACGUGGUGAAACCAAUGUGAGAAUGCACAUGCUCCUCAACAUGGUCCUGGGCCAGAUUGAAUCCAUGGAAGCUGGCACAUCAGUGGAGCUGGCUAUUGCGCAAAGGGCGAAGGACAGUCUGGAAAAGUCUUACCGGUUACUACAGACGGUUGUGGGUUCAACACCCACCUGGCCGUCGUGUAAUGAGAUUGACAUGACAUGCUUCGGCAAGGGAGAAGAGGAGCUUGAUAUUGACUUCCACUUUGAUGAACUUCUUCAGGAUACCGAUCCAGUGAUUCAUCCAUUUGGGCCUUAUCUCCCAAUGUAUUAG